UCCACACACAGAGACAGACAAACUAGAAAAACAAACAAGGUUUCUGUCAAAUCUAGGAUAACCCUCAUCAUAUCAUCACUCAAUCUCAUCUGCAGGAGGGUGGACCCAACCCCAUCAAGGGUUGUCUUUUCAAGAACCCCAGUUAGGGUUUUAGGGUUAUAUAUAAAUCUGCUUAAUGGAGAAGGAAGAUAAUUACACGGCUUCAUUGCCACCAAGUUUUCCAGGUUUAGACUAUUCGCCGCACGUUGGUCAAACGUCUUGUGGGAAUACCAAUCAGAUGGUUGAUUACAUGGUUAACGGUCAUCCCACGGCGGCGCCGCCGCCGCAGCCACCGCUUGUUCCUGGGUUUUGUGGUGGUGGGUCGACGUCGCUCGACAAGCUGAGCUUCGCCGACGUGAUGCAGUUUGCGGAUUUCGGGCCGAAGCUGGGGCUUAACGAGGCCAAGGGUUCCGAUGAGGAGACCGGGCUGGACCCGGUUUACUUCCUAAAGUUUCCGGUGUUGAAUGAGAAGGUGCAGGGAGGAGAUGAGCAGUUUAAUGAUCAAGAGCCCGGCAAAGAAGGCGGUGGGAGUAAAGAGGACGGCGGCGCCGCUGCCGCCGCCGCCGUGCAGUUGAGAUUUCUUGAUGAAAAUAUUGAGAAAUACCCGCCGGCGGCCGCCGCGGAAGGGAAUAAAGGGAAGAGAAAGCGGCCGAGAAUCAAGACGAACGAGGAGGUUGAGAGCCAAAGAAUGACGCACAUCGCCGUCGAGAGGAACCGCCGGAAGCAAAUGAAUGAACAUCUUCGCGUCUUGAGAACUCUCAUGCCCGGCUCCUAUGUCCAAAGGGGAGAUCAAGCGUCAAUAAUAGGCGGAGCAAUAGAGUUCGUGAGGGAACUGGAGCAACUCCUGCAAUGCCUGGAGUCCCAGAAGAGAAGGAGGCUGUACGGCGACGCUCCUGCAGUGCGGCCAAUGGCGGCGGCCGGAGACUCAUCAACAUCAUCACUACCACCAAUCCCGCAGCAGGAACAGCCGCCGUUUUUUCCCGAAUUCGAGGCGGCGGCGGCCGGAAUAUGCGAGGAGACGGCGGGGAGCAAGUCGUGCCUGGCGGAUGUGGAAGUGAAGCUUUUAGGGUUUGAUGGGAUGAUAAAGAUACUUUCAAGGAGAAGGCCCAGCCAGCUGAUCAAAGUCAUUGCUGCACUUGAAGAUUUGCAGCUUAGCAUUCUUCACACCAAUAUUACUACAAUUGAGCAAACCGUUCUCUAUUCCUUCAAUGUCAAGAUUUCAAGUGAAACGAGGUACACAGCUGAAGAUUUAGCUAAUUCGGUCCAGCAAAUUUUCAGUUUCAUUAAUUCAAACAGCAUAUGAUAUGAUAUAUGUAAUUCCCUUCUAGCUAGCCAGAAUUACACAAGUAAUUAAUCACUAUAUCACUUUUGUAUCUUUAAUUUUGUUCACAACUUAAUUUGUCACACUAUAUAUUCGUGUUAUGUGUGUUGGUGA